AUGCUGUUUGGCCUAUUUGUGGACGACCUGGCAGCAGCAGUGGCAGCGGAGGCCGGGGCUGCGCUGCUAUGCCUGGGCGAUGGCCGCCCUGUGCCCCCACUGAUGUAUGCUGACGAUUUGGCCUGUCUAGCCACAACGCCUGCUGGCCUGCAGCACCAGCUCGACAGGCUGGAGGCAUAUGCGGCCGCGUGGGGUCUGACGGUCUACGUGAGCAAGACCAAGGUGGUGGUGUUCGAGGGGCAGCGGCGGCGGGCUGCGCCUGCGGCCGUCCAGCCACCAUCCACCACAGGCCUGCCCUUCACUUAUGGCGGUGCUGCCAUUGAGGCGGUCGACGAGUUUCGGGUGCAGCUGCACAUGUUUAAUGCCAUGGUGUUGCCGGUGUUGUCUUAUGGGGCUGAGAUCUGGUCCCCCCAGCUGAUUGCUGCAGGCUCCCAGUGCGCUGCCAUGCAGCAGCAGCUGGCUUUCCUCCGCCAGCUGUUGGGCGUGCGGUAG